CAACCUCAGCCCUGUCCCGAGAUAGUGUCCCGUACACUACGGUUCCAGCGGUUCGGCAACUCGCGUAAUAAUGUGCACUACCUCUUAGCGUACUGAAUACAGUACACUGCUACCGCGCCCAGCGUUGUCAGCACUUGUCGCCAUGCUUCAGCUCCCACAUGUGCCCUGUCGUCAAAUAUAUGAGCUGAAAGAUUCCUAAAAUUCCUAAAAGCCGACAAGGAGUCGAAAUGUCGGCCGAUCUGUUCGCUGUUUUUGGGGAUGCGUCCCAAGCCUCGGCGCCCCAACGAAACCAGCAGCCUCCAGGCACAACCCAUCCCAUCUCUACUGCCAAGGAUGACCCUUUUUCUUUUCUGUCGCCCACUUCACCUCCUUCCCAGCCACAGGGCCAACAGCUGUCUGCUCAAUGGUCGCCAUUUCAGCAAACGACGACAGGACCGCCCCAGGCGAAUAAUGGAUGGGGAAAAAGCAUUGGCAGCCUAGAGGCCCUAGGAGCUUCCCAUCAAAGGACUGACCCUCAGGAUCCUGGACAGGAGGAAGAAGACGACGAUGGCUGGGGGGAGUUCGAGGUUGCUCAGACCAGCUUCCCUGCUCAGCCUCCUGCACCACAGAGCGCCUCUAUCCCGCCCGGGGCCCCGGCCACAAGGACACCGGCCGUUGAGAUGCUGACCAACAAUUUGGUGGACCUAGGCUUGGAGUCUUUGGCUCCCGAGCCACGGGGACGCUCGCCGUCUUUGGAGAAGAGUGCCGAGACGCGGCAACGGCAGAAGCCGGCGCACAACCCAGACCCGAACGUUCUCUUUGAUGCCGAUUUCGAGGCAGAAAAUGUCGCCGAUGACGAUGACGAUGACGACUUUGGCGAGUUUGAGACGGGAGCGCCAGCCACCACUACUUCCCAAACCGCCCCAGCGAAAUCCGCGGUCGAUCUCCUCUCCCUCGACCCGGAACCUGCCACAGUGCCAGCCAAGAAGCAAGCCCCAGGUGUGACCCUGUCAAAUGGGGCUCUUCAGGCAGGCCUGACAGCAUACCCUGGGGGGUUGAAAGCUUCUCAUGAUUCGAUGUCGAGUCGGGGUCCCGAGCCGACAAGGCAGCUGAAGGCCACGCCUACAAUGGUGCCAAAAACGCCUCGAGUAGCCAACGCUGCACCACCAUCUCCAGCCACAGCGAGAUCAGCCAUUGAGGAUGAUGGAUUCGGAAACAAUUGGGAGGAAUCCAAGGACAUCCCCGAGACCAAACCCACAGCUUCCAAGUCUCAGCAGACGCCGAACCCCAAAACAACCUCACAAAACCCAGCCGUAGCCGGAACUCCGGCCACAGACUGGGAGUGGCAAGAUUGGGGUGGAACCGAAAACCAGGUGACGCGUGGUGGUACCGCCACCACUACCACACCCACGACCGUUACCCUGGCACAACCCUUUCCGUCCGUCACGACAAGCGAGCAGCAACCUCCCGGCCCACCACCGACCAACAUUCCGCCGCCCGCCAUCCUCCUCUCCCUCUUCCCCUCCCUCCUCGACCUCGCCCAGCACGCCCUCCUGAAGCCCCUCCUCACCCUCCCGCCUUCCUCCCCGGCCUACCAGCGCGUCCUGGCCGCCGAGCCGACCUACGACUUCCUGCGGGGCUACCUCGCGCUCGCCGCCGUGGCCGCCCGCCUCAUCACGGGGCGCAAGCACCGCUGGCACCGCGACAAGUUCCUCGCGCAGAGCAUGUCGGUGUCGGCGGCAUGCGGCGUCGGCGGCCAGCGCGGGAUGAAGCUGGCCUGCGUGGACAAGGCCCAGACCGCGCACGACGACCGCGAGGCCGCCGAGGUGGCCGCCGCGUGGAAGCGCGGCGUCGGCCGGCUCAGGGCCGUCGUGGCGGGCGUGAAUGCCGCCCGUGGCGCUGGUGGUGGCGCUGGCCGGGGGGUUGCCGCCCUGCGGGUGCCCGAGGUUGCGGUCGGGUUGGCGGUAACGACGGCCAAGGGGGUGCCGACCGCGCCGCGGGCGUGCGUGGUUUGUGGGUUGAAGAGGGACGAGAGAGUGGCCAAGGUGGACUGGGAGGUGGAGGAUAGCUUUGGAGAAUGGUGGGUUGAGUUCUGGGGCCAUCGGGAGUGUAGAAACUUUUGGCUGGAGCACGAGAAGAAACUGAGGCAGCGGUGAUGGGGGGUGAUGUAGGCCAGCCUUUGUGAGGGGGGUUUGGAUUGGGGAGCCGAGUGGUCGGAUUGAGCCUGAGGUUAGGUUGUCCAACGAGUCCAAACGUUACGAUCCAGGAAGCUUAGUUCUACCAUAUUCGGCCGCGUACUAGCAGCACCGCUGCGCAUGGAGUCUGUUGCGAGAUCGUACUCCAUGGAGCCGGGUCCCAACGGCGACGCCAUUGCCGGGCUUAACCUCCUCUCUCACAGUGCCGUAGACCGUACUUUCUUGGCCGUUGCUAGGAAUCUAGUUGGAUGGAAUACCAAUGUCACAUCACCAUAUCAAUCCAUUGCAUCGCAGUAAUUACGACUCUUAUCAUCGUUCAUCGGACCAAUUGGGGCAUUGAAGAUGGCAAGUU